GUAGUGUUGAGUGGUUUGUUUGGAUGCGUCGGCAGAUUAUCUACAGAUAAAUCAUUGUUUUUGUUUUGUUUGUUAAUAACUCGUAAUCAGAUCUAAAAUUUGGAAUGGCUUCAAAUUGACCUCCAGCGAGGUCAAUUGCGAAUGUGCGCACAGACGAAGGGAACAGUUAUAUAUGUGUUUGUGACUGAUAAAUAAGGAGUGGAAAAUUGUUGAAAACACCACAACAAUGGCAGAAAAGAAGCUGAACUACAAGAACUAUUUGCAGUUGGACAAGCUGCUGGACUGUCAGCUCAUCCAGAGCAAGGCGGCUGGAAACACCGUCCAUGACGAGCACCUGUUCAUCAUUACACAUCAGGCGUACGAGCUGUGGUUCAAGCAGAUUCUUUACGAGAUCGAUUCAGUCCGCGUGCUCUUUGACACACCAGCCAAGACGCUGGACGAAGGCAAGACACUGAACAUCAUCAACCGCUUGGGCCGAGUGUCCCUUAUACUGAAGCUUUUGACGGACCAAUUUCAGAUUUUGGAAACCAUGACACCGUUGGACUUUCUCGAGUUCAGGGGUUAUCUCUCGACGGCGUCCGGCUUCCAGAGCUUACAGUUCCGCCUUGUAGAAAACAAACUGGGAUUGCAAGAUGACAACCGGAUCAAGUACAACCAGCAGCACUACCGGGGCGUGUUUUGCGCACACGCGGACGUGACCGCCCUAGAAGACUCAACCGGAAAUCCAUCUCUCUUCAAACUUGUUGAGGCGUGGCUAGAGCGGACCCCAGGUCUCGUGAAGCACGAGUUCAACUUUUGGGGCAAGUACCGGAAGGCUGUCAACCGUUGGAUAGAUGAAUGUUGGCUCAAGCCCGCACUGGCUGAAGAAGACCCCAUUGUUCGCGAAACCCGGAUGUUGGAGUACCGGAAACAAGUCGAGACAUUCGAGUCGAUAUUCGACCCCGAGAAGCACCAGGUCCUCGUGGAGAGAGGAGACCGGCGGUUCAGCCACCGGGCGUCGCAGGGUGCUCUGAUGAUCUCGCUGUACCGGGACGAGCCGCGCUUCCACCAGCCGUUCCACAUGCUUUCUCUCCUUACAGACAUUGACUCGCUCAUGACCAAGUGGAGGUCAAACCACGUGACCAUGGUACAGAGGAUGAUCGGCAGUAAGAUGGGGACGGGCGGUUCCUCCGGUUACCAGUACCUCCGCUCUACAGUCAGCGAUCGGUACAAGGUUUUCUUGGACCUCUUCAACUUGUCGGCCUUCCUUAUACCACGUGACUUCAUCCCGCCGCUGACGUCAUCAAUGAAACGCAGAUUGAGCGUCCUUUCGCACGAGCAACUGGACGAAGUAGACGCUGAAUACCAGCUGGACAUUUCCGAUGACGAAACAGACGAUUCUGGAAUCUGUCCUCAUAGCAACACAGGAAAUGACGUCACAGAUAUCGAAAAUGGAAUGAAGGAAGUCAAGGUUACCUUUGACCUUAAAAUAUAGAGCAGGUCUACAAUGUGUUGCUUUCAAUAUGACUUAUUUCUUGAAUUGUAAGGAAAUUACGUUAUAUACGCAGUGAAUACACGUUUAAGUUGUAUCCUAUUUUAGUGUAAUUUUACUGAAUCAAGCCAUA